GGGGUAGCACGCGGGAAAGUUUCGCACAGUAUCUAAAAGCUUAUCGACGCGCCCAAAUGUAACCCACGCUAGAUAGUCAUACGCUAUACAACCGCGCUCACGACGACCCACGACAGCACCGCUCGACGGCCGUGGAAGCACCCACUUCAAUGCCUUCCUUGAUCGAUAUUCCCGACCAGAUAUUGCUAAAGAUUGCUCGCUACUUGACGCGGGACUUUGUAGGCGAGAUCCAUGGUGGUUAUGAGGUCAGCCUGUCGGGAUUUCUCUUUCGGCCAUUCGAGGAAGAACCACAUCCAGACGAUGACCUUCGAAAUCUCGCAUUGGCCUGUCGAAAGCUUCGUGUCAGCGCUCAAGAAACCCUAUACCGCUAUCCGAAAGUCCAUGAUGGCACGCGACCGCCCUCCGACAAGCACACUAUCGCACUCGCUUAUCUGUUGCGGACGCUGAUCGAGCGACCUGAUCUUGCUGAAGCGGUCCGCAAGAUUGAUCUCCCUGUUCAUUGCCGUCCCUCGCUGCACGCAUUGAAUGGGAGUUGCGAUUCCGAGACCGAGGAGCUUCGGGGUUACUGCUGCGAUUACGAGGCAAUUGCCGAGGUUUGCGUGCAACUUCUCCACGAGCAUAAGAUGCACAUCUGGCUUGCCGGCCGGUCUCAGGCGGAAUGGAUUGAAGAGAUCCGGCGCGGGUCCGAGGCCGCUCUAGGUGGCCUCAUGCUGAAUUUACUUCCCAACCUGGAGCACCUCACGGUGCGGUCUUAUGGUGGCAACAUAUUAGAGCAGGCUUCAAAUUACCCGACCAAGUAUGAGUGGGUUGUGCGGAAGCUGUUCGAUCCCGCUUUCUUCUUCGACGGCAUAUCAGGAUACAGUCCCAAGGUUGUCGCCGGUUUCGCCAAGCUUAAGUCGAUUACGUCGAACGGCGUUCUCCCAUGGGAUAUCAUCACUUUACCGACUCUCAGGACCUUAGAAUACGACUUCCAAUAUUUCACAAACGGGGGGCUCUUCGAGUGGUUCGGAAUGAAACACUUACCUAACAAUUCAACUUGCUCGAACAUUACUUCGUUGAUCCUCAACAUCGAGAUCGAAGUGCUCUAUUAUUCGGACGCUUCGCGAAAGUUACGCGAGUAUGUCUCGGAGCUGCUCAGUCGGUUCACUUCAUUGGCGACGCUACACCUACGCUUGUUCUUCGAACAGGACCCACCAGGACGACGACUGCCAGGAGGAUUCCCGAAUCUGGCAAAAUACGAAUAUCCUAGCCAUUUGCUGGAUCACGCCAACCUAGAUACCGUGACAGAUUUGGUCGUUGACACUGCCGACUUAGGAAAUUUUAAGGGUACGACGAUUAUCUCUCCCAUGGAAUCUAUCAUGUUCCCCAAGCUUCAGCACAUCACCAUGCCCCAAGCCGCUUUCUUCUACUGGCCCUACGACACAUUGACUCUGCCUUCUACUAUCGAAACCAUUGGGAUCAUCGACUCCACACGGUGCCUGAAUGCCUGGGCGAAGGACAUCUUGGACAAUCGACUAGAAUAUCCUGGGCUGAGGCGGAUUUCGUUCUGGUGUGAUGAGAAGAAAGCACCGCUCGCCCUAGGGGAGAUGCUCAUACCUGUACCCGACGGCUACGAUCCCGCCUGUGGAAUAGACCCUAGACAAGUGAAGCAAGAGUGGGACGAUAUGAGGCCGUACGACUACGUCGAUGACGACAUUUGGGAGCGGAUGCACGAGGCAGGGAUUGAAGUGGUUUUCAAGCAAGAGAGCAAGGGAUGGAGAAAAUUGCCCCAGUAACAGAGCUGUGAGCUUUUCCCACACGCUGGGAACGAC